AUGUUUGCGAGGUUGCCGCGCAAGCUCACACCUUGUUCCUGCCUACCUGCUAUGUCUUGUAGAUCUCCCUCCACAGCCACGGAAGUGGUAGCGGAGCACAAGCAGGAGGAGUGCAAGGACAAGCGGAGGGAGGCAGGUGCUGCUGAGAGACACAUGCAAGAGAAGCGCGUGUCAGACGAGGACAUUCAAGAGGCAGGCCUUCCCCACACUUUCACCACCGAAGCUGUGGGCAAGUGGCUAGAAGCAGCAGAUAGGGAGAGGGCUGUUAUUGAAGAAGGCGCCAAGGCUGGGGCUGCAGAUGGGAGCGAGUCGGCAGAGGGGAGUGAGGCUGCAGCGCAAUGCCAAGGAGUGGAGGCUACGGCAGAGACAUAUAAACAGGAGACGCGAGGGCUGGAGAGCCUGGUAACCUGGCUGUGCUGUAAUCGCGUGAGCGUAGGAGCUACCGACGAUGAGAUGUUGUCAAAGCUGGACUCUUCGGGAGAAGAGCUCAAAACUCUUACGGAAAACAUUGACGUGAGCUGCAUUGACGAAUCGGAGCAACGCCGUUAUCAAGCCAUUGUAACAGCUGCAGACGCUGCAAAGGUGUUGCAAGCGUCCGCCAAGGGUGGUGGGCGGGGUAGAGACAUGGCUUCAGGGGGUUCAUCCGCCGCAGGUACAUCUGCAGGGGCCGAGCAAGGGGCGAUAGGGGACGUUGCUGUCCCCAUGGUGGCGGGGUCUGCCAUGGCUGGAAUGGGGGUUGAUGGGGCACGGCAGGCGGAUGAUAACCACAAGGGUGGGGGGGUUGGGGGCGGCGGACCCAUGCCUCGGGAGGAGGUGGAGGCGGGGAAGGCGGAGGGAUUGCGGAAGGCGCGGGGGGAGGCAGCAGGGGGGGUUGUAACAGAAUGGUUUAGCAAUGCAUUCAUGGAAGAGUUGUCCGACCAAGUCAUGAGGGAGAGUGAGGGUGGGAAUGAUAUUUAUAUAAAGGGGGGAGGGGAGGAGCAUGUGGAUGAGGCAGAUGAGGAGGAGGAGGAGGAGGAGGAGGAGGAGGAGGAGGAGGAGGAGGAGGAGGAGGAGGAGGAGGAGGAGGAGGAGGAGGAGGAGGAGGAGGAUAAGAAGGUGAUAAACUCAGAGGAAGAGAUGUACAAUGCUGAGGAUGAUGAGGUUGAGGAGGAUAGGGAAGAGGACUUCGCUGGAUUGGAAAAUGAGGAAGAGGGGGCCACAAAAACACUACGAGGUCUACAACAAGCUACAAAGGCGGAUGCGAAGGGGAAACGUGCUAUGGCCGACCAGGAACCUUCUAAGAAGCGUGGUCGCGGAUUGAGGCGGGGUCGCGGUGGGGGAAAGGUUGGAAGAGCGGGUGGGAGAGCGCGUGGAGGAGGGGGACGCGCUGCCAACUUUGAGCUCAAGCAGUACACGCUUGCGUUCAUUGCUUUGCCAUCAAAACACACGGCGAAUAAGAUCGCUGAGCGGAUUGAGGCAGUGUUGGUGGAAUGGGAGCUGGAAGAGAGGACCAUGGUGUAG